AUGAAGCUGCUUAAGGUUUUCAUUAUUCUGCUGUUUGUGGUACUUGCAGGUGGUGCACAACCCAAAAGAUGUUUUCACAACUUAUCAGGCUACUGCAGGAAGAAAUGCAAAUUAGGGGAGAUAGCGGAGGUGGGAUGUCUGCAUGGGAAAUACUGCUGCAUCAACGAACUGCAAAACAAAAAGCACAAAAUCAUCCAGAAGCCAGUCCAAUCCAAUGAGAAGCCAAAAGGGAUCCGAGACUAUAUAACCCUGCCCACCGUCACAUACUUCACCAUCACUAUCUGA